UCGACAGGAGAACAUUUGGCAAGCGGAGAGCACCGAGCUACCUCUCAUCUCACCACCACCACCAAGCGGAGGAGCCACCUGAGGACGGGCGGCGAGCGAGAGGGCGGCAGCCGGAGAUAGGCAGCGAAGCGGGGUCCGGGCGAAGAGAUGGCGUUCACCAUGCGCGCGGUGAAGGUUCCGCCGAACUCGGCGUCGAUGGCGGAGGCGCGGCACCGCGUGUUCGACUUCUUCAGGGACGCCUGCCGCGCCAUCCCCUCCAUCAUGGAGAUCUACAACCUCGACGACGUCGUGACCCCCGCCCAGCUCCGCGCCAGCAUAUCCCAGCAGAUCCGGAAGAACCAGGGCGUCUCCGACCCCAAGGUCAUUGAUAUGCUUCUCUUCAAUGGGAUGGAGGAGCUGAACAACAUCACCGAGCAUGCGAAGCAGCGCCACCACAUCAUUGGGCAAUACGUGGUUGGCCACAAGGGGCUGGUGCAGGACCUGGAAAAGGACCAAGGGAGCUCCGAGUUCCUGAAGAAAUUCUACACCAGCAACUACUAGAAUCCGAGGCCACCACAAAAAUUUCCAGCCUUCCUGUAGAAGUGCCCUUGACAUGUACUCUGAAUAAGACGCUGAGAAACACAUCCGGCCCAAUUUAUUUUGUUACUCGA